AUGGAUGCUCCAAAAAAAUGUGCCUCUGAUAUCGGUUUGCUUCUAAAUGAUUCAGCGGUCAAUUUGAAUGGCACCGAAAAUUAUGUGAACGGACUCAGUUUGCCCAAUUGCACAUACGAAGCUCGAACAAUCCACAUCAAAUCCUAUACCUAUGAGCGAUGUCGUGGACGCUUUGUUGGCAAUUUGUUUAUAGCUUGGAACUCAACCGACCCAACAUAUGUGAACACUUUCGGUUUCUCGAUUCGCGUCGAACCGUGGUUUAACGAAGAUUAUGAUUACCAAAUCGGAAUGGUGACCAAAGAGCAGGGAUUAAGUUGGGAAUUUCGGUACUCCGAACGUCCAAUGUGGGUGCUGCUUCCGUUGGAGAUCGACAAAGUCAACAAACUCACGAAGCUCACGUCGACCGACACAACCUGUGCCUACGAUCUUUUUAUCGGAAUGCCGCCCACAGGAGAUUCGGCUAACAACGAGCAAACCCUAUUACGCCAUUACUCUGAUGCUGAUCCAUUUGAUCCAAUGAGUAUCGGUGGCGGUGAUCAGUUCGACGACCUGCUCGACUCGUUCCUCUACAGUCUCCGUUUACCAGCCAAGUGCAUGCCUCUGCUCGAGAUUGCCGCAUCCGGUGAAAAAUCAAGCGGUUCACGUGUGAAUCAAACAAUGUCCGCGGGAAAAUGGACUUUCAUCGCCACCCAAGCCUACAUGUCCCCAUUCGACGAAAUGUCAACCAAUUUUCAAGUUGAUCGCGCGUUUCUUUCUGAAGAUGAUCCAGUCGAUCUGGUGCUUGAAAUAAUGGAAUAUCAUAGCGGAAAUCUUGUUGUCAAAUUCCUCGAUCGACACGAGCAGAGCGUAAUGGAUGAUUAUUGUUGGAGUAAACCAACGAAUGUCCCAUUCAACACGACACUUGUCUACGGAUUGCCGACUAAAGUGGCAGCUGUUGUCACCUGGACACAAGGUGAUGAAGAAGCGACGGCUGAUGCGGAACCAAAAGGUGACAAAACUUAUUUGCCAAACCAAAGGGGGAAAAUGCAGCGAAUUUUGCUUGAAAAAGUGGAAACAGGACGUGCCGGCGAAGGA